GAACCUUCAAGGGAAUGAGCUUUCAGGCUCCCUUCCUGAUUUUUCCCUCUGGAAGGCGCCAAUCACCGUAAUAGACCUUUCUUCCAACAACAUGUCGGGAUCGUUGCCCUCUGCACUUGGCGCCCUCUCCAACCUCCAUACUCUGUCUGUAUUUGGGAACCAGCUCACUGGAAAGCUCCCUUCUUCCAUAUGUGACCUCACCAACUUGCAGACCAU